CGCAGUGGGCUUUGGGGGGAAUGAACGUGGAGAGAUCGGGCAAACAACAACCGUGACUUUGCCGAGUUUGAGGAGGCAUCUUUCCUGAUAACCAGCCAUCAUCAUCUCCAGAUUUGGAACAACUGCGGAACUCUCCUUCCUCUGCCUUACAGCUCGGAGUAGCACGAAGAGUAGACCGGCUACACUGCAUUUACGACUGGUUGCCCACAGGAUCCGGAAUCACGUUCAUAUUCAAGUCAGCGCCGUUACCCUACGAUCGGCGGCCGUUCCAUUUUCCACUUAUCUGAGGUCGAACAAGCCUCCCGAUGCCUAGAGAGAGGUGACUCUAGGAGCACCGCGCUCCCGCACUCCACGAACAAUAACCAGACCCCUUGUUUCGCGGCUCUUGAAAGCCGCAGGUCUUGGAUAGCGUCAUAGCUGGACACCAUGGCAGCCUCCUAUGCCCUGCCGGCCUCGGCGCUCCAUCAGCACCACCACCAUGGGCCAGACACGGUGUGCUCGCACGCACACUCACACUCGCAUUCGCAUUCCCACCCGCCAUCCCUCAACUCGCUAAGCCCGUCGCGGAGCCGCAAAGUAUCUCUGUCGAACGGCGCGCACUCCCACGCCCGGACUCACCAGCAUGAUGGCAACCAUACUCAGUUCCGAGCGAACCCGCGCGUCCCCGUUCCGAUCAACGUCAUGCCGCUGUCCGAGCCGAGCACACAGUGGAAGAUUGAGUCGACGCCUGGCGGGAAGUCUCUGCUGUCGCCCACCACUGCCAGCUUUGAUGCUGCUGGCGUGUACGAGCCCCCGGUCGCGUCCCGGUCGAGGUCGCAUUCGCAUCCACAUCACCAGCACCAUCACCACGAACACUCGGCGCCACGGUCGAGAAUUACAGGUUUCUUUCUCCAGUACACCCCGAGCUGGCCAUUACUUCACGCAGUAGUGGUCGACAAGGACUCGCGGAGGAUAUUCUACUUCAUGAGCUUGAACCUGGCAUUCAUGAUGGUGCAAGCCUUCUACGGUUAUAUAACAGACUCGCUCGGUCUGCUCAGUGACAGUGUACACAUGUUCUUUGACUGUGUGGCGUUGGGAGUUGGUCUGUUUGCGGCUGUUGCGGCCAAGUGGCCACCAAGCGAGAGGUUCCCGUACGGUUUUGGGAAGAUUGAGACGCUGAGUGGGUUUGGCAACGGGGUGUUCUUGAUACUGAUCAGUGUGGAGAUCAUGACGGAGGCAUGCGAGCGGAUAUACGAAGGCAGGGAGACCAAGCGGCUGGGGGAGCUAUUCGUCGUCAGCACGGCCGGUCUGCUCGUCAACCUGGUUGGCAUGAUGGCGUUUGGCCACCACCACCACGGUCAUGGGCACGACCACGGCCAUUCCCACGGCUGCAACGGGCAUGCUCAUAAGCACCAACACUCUGACCACCACGGCCACGAUCAUUCUCACAGCCACGGGCAACACGACGAGAAGCACGGGCAUAGUCACGGUGCGCAAGCCCACUCGCAUUCUCAUUCUCACGACAACGAGAACAUGUACGGUAUUUACUUGCAUGUCCUGGCCGACACUUUGGGAAGUGCGGCCGUCAUCGUCUCGACGAUUCUCACGCACUUCUGGAAGUGGUCAGGCUGGGACCCGCUCGCAUCCUUCCUCAUCGCCGUCCUGAUCCUGCUCUCGGCCCUGCCGCUGGUGAAGUCGUCCGCCCGGCGACUGCUCCUCACAGUGCCGCCCGAGGUCGAGUACAACCUGCGCGAUACCCUGUCUGGAAUCACCGGGCUGAGGGGAGUGGCGGGGUAUGCUGCGCCCAAGUUUUGGAUCGAUGAUCGGAAUGCUGGGGAAGGGGCUCCGGCGAACAAGCUGUUGGGUGUCAUGCACGUUGUUGCGGUUAGGGGCGCAGAUAUGGAGGACGUGCGCGAUCGGGUGCGGAAGUAUCUGCUAGAGCACAACAUCGAUGUGACGUUACAGGUUGAGCGGGAGGGUGAUACCAGUUGUUGGUGUGGUGUCGGGAGGAGCCCACUAUCGCAGUCGCACCGGGCGACUAACAGUUCCAACAUCUUUUAGGACAGGAUUUGCUGGAUAGGGCAUGUACGAUUCUCGAAGAAUUUGCUGUACGUAUUGCUGGCAUUUGUUGGUGUGUCGUCCGCGUUUAAUUCUGGACGGAUCUGGGACGUGUCUCAUACUCGCUUACAGAGUAAUGCCUUUGUAUUGUACGCACAUACUUGGUUAAAUGGCUUGGAGAAGGUCUUCUACAGGGAGCAAUGGAGAUAGUCAGUGGUCGGGCUGGGUGCUCUGUUUGAUAUUGCCGAGCCCUACGGGUGCCGCCC